AUGGACGUGGACGAUCUUGUAAACUCUCUGCAUCCUUCACCAUCCACCGUGCAGUCCCCGGCGCUUCCAUGGGAGGUCAUCGAGAGGGCCAUCAAUCUCUGCGCAGGCGACAACGCCACGCUGCGCACUAUUGCUCUCACCUGCAGCCAGCUCCAUCCUCGUAGCCUCUUUGUUCUAUUCACCAAUGUCGACAUACAGAGCAAGGAAAAACUCAUACAGUUCUACGAUGCUGUCCAAGCCCGGUCACACCUCCAGCCCGUCGUGCGUUCCCUGUCGUUUCCGUGGGGCGAUUUUCCGUCCCCUCUACUGUCCAUCCUCCCCAGUCUCCGUCGUGUCACGUUCGAUAGGAUCUCGAUGUUGAUAGAGGACAAUAACCAACUCCCUCAGUCCACCCUAUCGCCCGGCGGGCAAUUCGCAACCAGUCUUCGGAGCCUGACUAUCCGCCCUGCUAGUUUCCAAAUGGAAGCGAUCUUCCUUCGCUUCCUUUCAGCCUUCCGCACAUCGAAAGCCUUACCUGCGAGCGUCUCUCAUUAUACGAACAUAUUCCUCUGGAGGAACACGAUUUGUCCCGUCGAGUACCGCCGCAAAUACUUAAUGUCACGGUGA